AUGCAACAGCCAUACCCACAAUACCCCAACGGCCAAGCUUACCCCGCUCAAGGGGCGUACUACCCACAAGGCCAGUACUAUCCUCCGCCGCAGCCGCAGGUUGUGUAUCAAGAACGACAAAGCAGCCGAUUCGACGACCCAAACACUUGCUGGCUUCUGUCGCUAUUGACGUUAUGUUGCGGUUGCUUACUGGGUAAGUAAUGGUGGGUGUUACGGGGUAGAGAAUGGUCGCGACCGGUCGUAACAGUUAAUGAAAUGAGUUAUCUUUUAGGUGAGGCGCUUUGCGAUGAGCAAUGCUGUUGCUGUUUGAUACCCUGCGCUCUGCCGAGGUUUGGCAGACGAUGGUAG